AUGACUACGAGCACCACUGAAAUACUCUUCCCGUCUUUGGAUUCAGAGAUCAACUUGAAAUUCGCUUGCUAUCUGAAAGUUCUAAGGUUAUUGUUCGACCAGGUAUCUUCUACGCCAAAUUCUGUUGUCUCCAAGCGACAGAUCUACUAUCGCGAUGUGACUCUGUUCAAAAAGCAGGCUGUGAUUAAUCAGUGUAUUGAUGAUAUUGCCAGCUCCUUCGGAGUAUCUACAGAGACUUUGGGAGUAGUGGCAGCACAGAAGGGGCUGAUCUAUGCAGAUCUGCAAUAUUACUAUAGAGACAAACUGGUCAAUCUUGAGAAAAACGAGGGCGCAACGCUCUUGCCGCUCAUCUCUCUCGAGUCCCGUCAUGAAGACUUUCGCUUUAUUUCUUCUUGUCCAGAAGAGAUCAUCAUUGUGGAAAAGGAGUCGGUUUUUUCUAAAUUAUGCAAGGAGCACGGUCAGAAAAAUAAGAUACUUAUCACUGCCAAAGGUUUCCCCGACAGACUGACAAAAAGGUUCCUGUACCAUUUAACACAGCAUUACCCAGAGGCAAAGGUUGUGGCGUUAGUCGACAGCGAUGUCUACGGAUUAAUGAUAUUGAAGGAGUACAAAUAUACUCCUGCAAUCAAGAUCAUCGAGUUCCCGAAACUGCCAAUCACAGUCAAGGAUCAAUUUGCCAGAAAAACCAUAUCAAAGCUGGAUGAACUAGGUCACAUGAAUCCGAGCUGGUACGUUUCUCCGUGUUCGAGAUUAGAGUAUGGUGGAACGUUUCUUUUUGACAACGCCAAUAGUCUCGGGCAUUUAGAUAUUACCUGCAGGGACUUCAACAAUAUGAAGUCCUUUUUACGGACGCUUCUCGAGUUCGAUCAUGGAUCUCCCGAUCCCGAAAUGAAAAAAGUGGUGAGAGAGCUUCAAAUGGGGAUGUUUUUUUUCAAGAAAAGGGAAAUGGACUAG